AUGCCCACACUCCACUGCCUUGCCGACCUUUGCCUCAUUCCUAUUGGAACAGGCAACGCCUCAGUUUCUGAGUACGUGACCGACGUGGUUCGAGUCAUCAAGGCAUCAGGUCUGCACUACGUCCUCCACAGUGCCGGCACCACCAUCGAAGGACCCUGGGAUGAGGUGUGUGCCACCAUCGGAAAGGCACACGAAGCCCUGCACGAGAAGGGCGUCGUUCGAAUCCAGAGCGAUAUCCGAAUCGGAACACGAACCGACAAGGAUCAAUCUCCCCAGGACAAAAUCGACGCUGUUAUGCGACACUUGAGUAAGGACGAGGAGAAGAAAUAG